UCAAGCAUUCCAUCGUCUUCCUUUCGAAACCCUAGAAAUACAUCAAAUCUCUUUCUCUCAAUCACUAGGAAAAAUGUCUGGUCGCGGCAAGGGAGGCAAGGGACUGGGCAAGGGAGGAGCGAAGAGGCACAGGAAGGUGCUGAGGGACAACAUCCAGGGCAUCACCAAGCCCGCCAUUCGCAGGCUCGCCAGGAGGGGCGGCGUGAAGAGGAUCUCUGGGCUGAUCUACGAGGAGACUCGUGGUGUUCUCAAGAUCUUCUUGGAGAACGUCAUUCGUGACGCCGUGACCUACACCGAGCAUGCCAGGAGGAAGACGGUGACGGCCAUGGACGUGGUCUAUGCCCUCAAGAGGCAGGGAAGGACCCUCUAUGGUUUCGGCGGUGAUUGUUCUAACGGCACUUUAACGGUUUCUCGGGUAAACUUGGGACCAGCGGUUCAGCACAUUGAUGGUUCAUUUGUGCGAUCUGAAUUUUCUGCGUAUCCCACAAUCUUCUCUCAACCAACACAGAAGCGAGGGAGGGGCUCCCACCACCAGCGACCACCACAACCCCAGCUGCUCGACGGCCACCGCCAACCCCGGCUGCUCCCCCAUCGCCGGCGACCGCCACCAGCACCGGCUUCUGGCACCCCGACGCUGUCCACGACGAAGUAUAAGUUUUCACUGAAACAAGCAAUCAAAAAUGGAGGAAACGAGAAAGGGAAAGGGAAAGGGAAAAGGGGGGUUUCUCUAUCAAACUCCUUCCGAAUUCUACUUAUCUAUAAAUUGCCCCCAAAUUGGCCAUCAAUCUCAAAUCAAGCAUUCCAUCGUCUUCCUGUCGAAACCCUAGAAAUACAUCAGAUCUCUCUCUCUCAAUCACUUGGAAAAAUGUCUGGUCGCGGCAAGGGAGGCAAGGGGCUGGGAAAGGGAGGAGCGAAGAGGCACAGGAAGGUGCUGAGGGACAACAUCCAGGGCAUCACCAAGCCCGCCAUUCGCAGGCUCGCCAGGAGGGGCGGCGUGAAGAGGAUCUCUGGGUUGAUCUACGAGGAGACCCGUGGUGUUCUCAAGAUCUUCUUGGAGAACGUCAUUCGUGACGCCGUGACCUACACCGAGCAUGCCAGGAGGAAGACGGUGACGGCCAUGGACGUGGUCUACGCCCUCAAGAGGCAGGGAAGGACCCUCUAUGGCUUCGGCGGUUAGGUUUUCUAGGAAUUCAGAUAUAUCUGUAGCUAUUGCAGUGUUCGCUCUCUAUAUGUCUUUCUCUCCCUGUAGGAUUGUUCUUAUGGUACUUUCAGCUUUCUAGGGUUAUGUAAUUCUUGUUGUUCACAAGAAGUAAUGAAGCUUACAUUUCGUUUGCA